AAAUUUUAAUUAAUUUGCCAGACAGAUUAUUCCUAAUUAUAUACAUAUAUUUAUAGAGACCAUUUUCCAUUAAUUGCAUUCUUGGGUCUCUGCAUUUUCAUAAACAAGACCCGUAUUUUCUUGAGUCUUUUAUAGCAAGCAACCUUUUUGUCUUCAACAUAUUAUUUUUUGUAAUAGAAAAAAAAAAUAGGAUCAAGAUUGGAGAAUUUGGUUGUUUUUUUUGUUGUUCAUUUUUUAGAAUAAAAGACAUGAAUUGUUUUUCAUGUUUUUCGUUUAAUGAGAAUAAAACAUCUAAUAAUAAUAAUAAUAAUAAAAAGAAAAGAAAAGAAACAUCAACUUCUGUUCAUCCUCAUAGAGAAAAUCUAUCGCCAGAACAAGCACAGCCUUUUUCUAAGACAAAGACGCAGCAUAAGCCACAUUCUCAACCGCCGCAACGAACACAUCCAGAGAAUAUAAUAAGCCAAACGGUUGGUAAUUAUAAGAAGGAUGAAGAAAACAAGAAUAUUGCAGCUCAAACAUUCACUUUCAGAGAACUUGCAACUGCUACAAAGAAUUUCCGCCAAGAAUGUCUAAUAGGUGAAGGUGGAUUUGGAAGAGUUUACAAAGGUCACCUUGAUAGAACUGGCCAGGUUAUAGCAGUGAAACAGCUUGACCGUAAUGGAUUACAAGGAAAUAGAGAAUUUCUUGUAGAGGUGUUGAUGUUGAGCCUUCUUCACCACAAUAAUCUUGUUAACCUUAUUGGUUAUUGUGCUGAUGGAGAACAAAGACUUCUAGUUUAUGAGUAUAUGCAACAGGGAGCCCUUGAGGAUCAUCUAUUUGACGUUUCAGCAGAUAGAAGUCCAUUAGAUUGGUUUACAAGGAUGAAAAUAGCAUCAAAUGCAGCAAAGGGUCUAGAAUAUUUACAUCAUAAAGCAAAUCCACCAGUCAUAUAUAGAGACUUGAAAUCCUCAAAUAUUUUAUUGGAUAAAGAGUAUAAUGCUAAAUUAUCAGAUUUUGGAUUAGCAAAACUUGGACCAAUGGGUGAUAAUUCCCAUGUUUCUUCCAGAGUUAUGGGAACUUAUGGUUAUUGUGCUCCAGAAUAUCAAAGAACAGGACAACUUUCUGUUAAAUCAGAUGUUUAUAGCUUUGGCGUUGUUUUAUUGGAGCUAAUUACUGGAAAAAGAGCUGUUGAUACUACAAAAAAUGGACAUGAACAGAUUUUAGUUGCUUGGGCGGAACCAAUUUUCAAAGAAACAAGUAGAUAUUCAGAACUGGCAGAUCCAUUAUUUAAUGGAGAUAUUCCAAAAAGAAAUUGUAAUCAAGCGGUUGCGAUUGCUGCCAUGUGUCUACAACAGGAUCCAACCGUUCGUCCAUCGAUCAGUGACGUGGUCACUGCUCUCACUUUCCUUUGGGCCGAAUCGGGUAAGGGAUUCGGGUCUCCGGUUUCUCCCUCAUUGCCCGUUUCAUCGUCUGAUAAUGAAGAAAGUCAUGAAGAAAAUAAAAUUACAGAACGAGAGAGAGCGGUUGCAGAAGCCAUUGAAUGGGGUUCGAACUCAAGAACCCAAAAUGAAAGAUUACCAUAA